UCUAUAAAUCUUGCUGUAAUUACAUAUAUUCCUCAUUAGGCUAUGUCAAAUAUGUUGUCACUCAUUCAGUUACACCUAAUUUCAUACAUUCUUUUCAAGUUACACAAUUCUUCCCCUUGAAAUCGAGGAGCUUAUCAAACCUUAGCUUAAAAUUGAUCAUUUUAAAAGAUAACCCCUACAAAUGACUAAUAAAUGAACAAAUGAAAAAUACAAAUGACCAAUAAAAGCCAAAAGAAGGGAACCCAAUAACAGCCGUCUCUUCAAGAUGGGCAUCAGAGGGCGCCAGUGAUAUUUCAUCAGUUUCAGUGUUUAAUGUUUUUAACUUUUUUUCCGAUGAUUUGUUGAAAUUAAUUAGCUACAACAUAAUGUCAAAUGUAAUGUAAUGUAAACUUUUUUUUUGUUGUUGUUACAUAGUAAGUUAGGAAAAUUUAACUUGAACCUGUUAACACUAACUUAUUUUCUUUGCUGCUUCUCGUCUGAGAGGUAAGAGAGUUUUUUUGCAGAGGAUGCUGGCGUGGUUAGGCUGCAACUCUGGUCGCACAAGGUAGCAGGGUUACACUGCAGUGAUCUUCAGGGCUUUUAUAUCCUGCAAAAUCCUUCUGCUAACAGACCACCGGAAGACUAUAAUUCAGUUCCACAGAAAGCACAUGAGAAAUACCAUAUUUCCUUUUAAUUGUAUCCAUACUGAGUCUUGUGCGCCGCGGUGCGCCCAGCGGAGCGACAGAUGAGUCCUCUCCGUCGCAUCAUGUGGAUUAUUCUGGGGCUUGUUUUGGCAGCUGGCAGCACUGAUGGAAGCUGGGGAUGUCAGUUACCCCACGACUGGAGACCGCAGACGGAAGCGUGCCGCGCUGAGCUGGCGGAGAUCAUCGUCUUUGCCAAGGUGCUGGCUCUACACAAGGAGUCUUACAGCGUGUACAACUACCUGCCGUGGCAGCACGACACCGACCUGCUCUUCUCCGCAGAGAUCGAGCUGCUGUGCGACCAGUCCUGGGGGAGCAUGUUGGAGGUUCCCGCAGGCUCCAGGUUCAAUGUCAGCGGCCUGGGAUAUUUGCCGUGCUUCUCCUACAGCGUCACCGAAAACAACAACUACUACUUUUUUCUCAGGAUGGAUGAAAACUACAACAUUAUUCCACAUGGAGUUAAUUUCCAGGACCCCAUCUUCCCAGACACUCCAGAGAACCACCGUAUGUUUGCCAGCCUCUUCCAGUUUUCCAACUGCACACCAGGAACUCAAGUCCACAGCUUCACCCCGGAGUGGGAGGCUCAAGAGGACAGCCGGCUGUUGUGCUCCUCAGUUCAGAAAGCUCUGUUUGAGGAGGAAGAGAGGGUGAGGACUCUCUCCCAGAAAGUGCGUACUUUGGAGAAAGCCAAUGGCCACCUGAAGGAAAAGGUGAAGACAUUGAAACGUCUCCUGCGCCUGGCUCAACGAGAAACGACAAAGGAGCAACAAACUCUCAGCCUUAAACAACUUCAUGAGUCAAAGAUGCCUCAAGCUCACCCUGACCAGGAGACUACCCAAAAUCAAAAGAACCAAGCACUUUCAAAGGUCCGGCCAAAGAAACUAAAAAUCUAAGUGUCCUUUUUUAAGCAACAGCAAAAAGAGCAUUUUUUUCAUGUAUUCAGUGUUAAAGCACACAAUAUAUCUUUUGAUGACUUGUUUUCUCUUUUAGUGCUGGACACAUCAUGCAUUGCAUUAACAUUAUGCCCUUGGCUAUGGAAUGCAGAACAUAGCAUAUACUAAUAUCUUAAUUGUGAGCAUUCAAAAGAUUGAGACAUAUGGCUGGGAUUAGGCUGUCCCAUAAUUCAAGAAGUGUUAGGAAAUUUAGUCAAGCAGGUCUUUCUUUAAAGCAUUUCCUGGGGAAUUUUACUAAUGUACAGGUUACCCGACACAAACCUAACGGUGCAAAUGUUCUCCAUUGAGGCUAAUCAGAUCAAUCAGGUCAAAAUUUAUGCUGUAUGGCAUUCAACUUUAUUCCGUUGGGUUGUCACUAUAGUAAUGAUUCCAUGUUAAAACGCAACAAUAUUUCAAGUCAGGUUUGUCUCAUACAGUGCUGUGUAGUUGCUGUUAUCAUGUGACAUCCGGUGGAGUAAGUGUAUGCCAUUAUAAUUUCUCCUUAGUUAUGAAGGCAUGUGCCUAUUGGGUUGUUAGCCUGUUUAUAUGUUGGAGACUCUUAUCUUAAAAUAAGAAAGUAGGUAGUUCUUGAGUUGCCCUGUUUUGUUGACGGAGCUGGUUGACAGAUUAGCACAGAAGAUGCCUCCACCACUUCUACACCAUUUAUGUGGCAGCAUUUUGGAAAAAACUAAACCAUGGGAACAUAACAAACAAGAUGCUAACAAUUUGUCAGCACUGUGAGAACGCUGAGAUUGAAAACUGUUAUCCGCUAUCGUUGCAAACUUUUGCAUCUGCUUUGUGACUUCAUAUUAAUACUAAAGGCUAUUUCACUGAUUUUCUUUUAAGAAUGCGUGUAUUUUAACAUUUCUUGUUCAAUGACUACAAUAAGACUGGUUAAACCUAAUAACUCUACACUGAACAGGGAUUAUUAGUAACAGUUUGAGGUUCAUAAAAUCUUUGUAAAAACACAAAAAGGGAGCAUUUAUAAUGUUUUUUUGGUUUUGAAAUCAACUUCCAUUGAAACCAACUUAAAAUGCAACAUACUGACUUGUCAAACACAUUUGUUUUACCACAAACAUGUGGGUAGCUGCUAAAAUCAUGCUUCUUUUUCGUAAACUCUAACAGAGACACAUUGUUACACCCCUUGGUGUUAAGUUAAAGAUGCUGUGGUUUAGAAAAUGUGUUCUAGUUCUUUAAGACACUGCUACGUUUUAUUUUAUCCUUGAGGUCCCAUGUGACAUAGUGCCAUAAAUAUGUAUCGUUCAUUUUUUUCAUGAGAUAUUGAUUAAAAAUAAUUACUUUCAGUUCAGUUUAAAGUUAAGCCUGUGUUCGUGCACAACAUAUACAUAUAUAGUUGUUUUUUGUGGGUUCUUGUAAAUUAGAAUUUGUCAGCUUUGGCUUGCUGUAGCUAAAAUCACAACACCUAAUUCCUCUUUCGUUUUUAAAUUUCCUUUUUCAUUUUAAAAUUGUUUCCAGUGAACGUAUCUGUUCUGUAUUUGGUGUUGAGCAUCAUUUAAGUCCACCCAGUAAAGCUGGCAUGGUACAGGAUUUGUUUAUUAUGUGUCAGGGAUGAAGGUUGCCUAUAAGAAGCAUUCUGUGAUUGCUUUGGCUAUUGGUCUCAUAAACUUCUUGCUUUGCCAGUUCUGUAACAUCUUUUUUUUUUAAAUGCAGCUUUUUAAAAAUAAAUUAUCUUUUUCAAAAAAAAAA